UCCCGGCUCCAUAUGAGGCCGGGAAGGGGCGGAGGGGGGGGAGCCGGGGGGGGGGAGCGACCGAGACCGACCCGGCGGCGGCUGCAGCGCAGAGCUAUGAAGACCCCUGCGGACGCAGGGUUUGCCUUCCCCGACUGGGCAUACAAGCCCGAGUCGAGCCCCGGCUCGCGGCAGAUCCAGCUGUGGCACUUCAUCCUGGAGCUGCUGCGCAAGGAGGAAUACCAUGACGUGAUUGCUUGGCAGGGCGACUACGGCGAGUUCGUGAUCAAGGACCCCGACGAGGUGGCGCGGCUGUGGGGUGUCCGCAAGUGCAAGCCCCAGAUGAACUAUGACAAGCUGAGCCGGGCCCUGAGGUACUACUACAACAAGCGGAUCCUGCACAAAACCAAAGGGAAACGAUUCACCUACAAGUUCAACUUCAACAAGCUGGUGCUGGUGAACUACCCCUUCAUCGACAUGGGCAUGGCAGGUGGCCCCGUGCCCCAGAGCGCCCCGCCGGUGCCCUCGGGCGGCUCCCACUUCCGCUUCCCGCCCUCCACGCCGUCGGACGUGCUCUCGCCCGGGGCGGAGGAGCUGCGCUCGCCGGGUGUCUUCUCGGCCGUGGCCCGGCGCCUCGCCCGUGGCUCGGUCAGCGACUGCAGCGACGCCACCUCGGCCACCUCGGAGCUGGAGGAGCCGCUGGGCGAGGAGGGGCGCCGGGGAGGGGGGCCGGGCGAGGGGGGCGGCUUCCGUGGGCCCCCCCUGCCCGCCCACCCCCGGCUGGCCCACGACAGCCUCUUCCGCGCCUACCCCCGGCCCCGUGGGCCUGAGCCCCUCAGCCCCUUCCCGGUGUCUCCCAUGGCCGGCCCUGGAGCCCUGCUGCCCCCUCAGCUCUCGCCCGCCCUGCCCCUCACCCCCACCCACAUGAACUACACCCCCUCGCCCACCCUCAGCCCCAUGUACCCCGGCGGCUCCCACUUCUCCUUCAACCCCGAGGACAUGAAGCGCUACCUGCAGGCGCACACCCAGAGCGUCUACAAUUACCACCUCAGCCCUCGGGCCUUCCUCCACUACCCCCACAUCCUCGUGCCCCAGCCCCAGCGCCCUGAGAAGCCGCCCCCGCCCGAGGAGCCCCCCGCCCCCUUCAAAUUCAAGCUGCAACCUCCCCCGCUGGGCCGGCGGAACCGGGACAAGGCACCGGCGCCCCCCGGCGAAGGGGCCGCCCCGGAGCCCCGGCUGCCCUGCAUCAAGGUGGAGCCCAUCUCGGAGGGGGAGUCGGAGGAGGAGGAGGUGACGGUGGAGGUGACGGACGUCAGCGAGGAAGACGAGGAGGUGUUCAAGGCUCCUCCUGCCCCGCCCGAGAAGCCUGGGGAGCCCCUGGUGGCCCCGGCCCCCCGGCAGGGCGAGGAGAGCGGCCAGUGCAUCCCCCUUAAGCUGCGCUUCAAGCGGCGCUGGAGUGAGGACCAGCGGCUGGAGGCGGGCGGGGGGGGCGGCCCCGAUGAGGCGGAUGACAAGAAGGUGAAGGGGGAGCGGGAGGGCGGGGGCGCCCCGGCCGGGGGUGGGCGGCGCGUCAGCACCGACCUGCCCCAUGCCACGGCCCAGCUCUCGCUGGAGAACAAGGACUUGUAGAGCCGGCACCCCCAGGGACGGACGGACAGGGCUGGUGGGGCUGGGGGGCCGUCUUCUGCUGCCUUAACUCAGAGAUUUUAACCCUUCUCUGGGCCGCCUUCUCUCCGGGACCCUGUAUGUUGAAAUGGGGUAGGGGGCACUCAGCUGUUUUUACUUCGAUAUACAUAUAUAUAUAUAUUUUUGGGGGGAUGAUUUUAAAUCUGGGGGCAGCUUUCCUUUCAGGGUCUCUGGUUUUUAAAGAGGGGGCAACCCCAGGAAUUUAUAUCGCGUAGAAUUUUGUUUUUAACCUUUUCCCACCCCCUGAAUCCCCUCGUUUAUAUCCAGUUGCUGCCUUGUUUGGGGGCGGGGUCAUAAUAAUGGGGGGGGGGGGAUGUUGAGGGAUCUCAAUGUCCCUCGCCCCUCAUUUGGGGGGAAACAGGGGCUUUAAAGCACAAUAAACUCUCUUUAAUCCCUGUCUGGCUGGAUCAGAAAUGGAAACCAGUCCUGCAGCACCCCCACAUUAUUGGAGGGCUGGGGUGGGGCAUAAGAACGGCCAGACUGGGUCAGACCAAAGGUCCAUCUAGCCCAGUGUCCUGGGAGAGAGUGGACGCCAUAUUGUGCCCCCCGGGGCCUAUGGACCUAGCUUCUCCCUGUCCCCCCAGGUUAGAUUGGUCUGUAUGAGUCUGUAUGGCCCCUUCUUUCAUUGAGGGGGGUCAGUCUGGCGUUUGGGGGCCCGCAGAUUGCGCGGGGUGCUCGAGAUGGCUUUAGAUAACCAAAAAUGAGUGGGGUGGGUGCGGCCGCUGGCCUGAGCCACCCCGGGGGGGCGGGGGGUAUCUCAAGUGCCUGUUGAAGUACUGUCUGUUUGGGAAAUGGGGGUGGGAGGGGCAGGCACCCUGUGUCCCCCCCCAAUGGGGUAGGACCUGAACUGACAUUUCCCCCCACUUCCCAAUGUGGUUAGCCUAUUGCCAACCCUGAAAGGAUGCGAGGAGCCAUUCCCACUGCUUCCCCGUCGCGAGACUGGGGGGGAUCCCCACUGUGGGGGGAGCUGGGCGUUCUCACGAAGCGGGCGGGGCCCUGGCUGAUUGGUGUGGGUGCAGCUGGUACAUGAGGGGAUCUGGGUACCCCCCAGUUCUCCUAGGGUGGGGCUUGUGGAUCCAGACCUGGAAGCAGGGUGGGGGGCUGACUCCGGUCUGUGGGCCCACUGUUAGUAGGGGCUGGGGGGGUGACUUAUGAAGCCUUAUUCGAAUUCCUGUACAGCCGGGGCGGGCGGGCUCGGGUUAUGAAUGUAUAAAAAUAACC